UAAUCCGUAGUCCGUAGUUAACCUUUAGCUCUUUACUGCCAAAAUACCUCAACUAUACUUUCAAGUUUUUGAGCCAACUGCAUGCCUUACCCAUGCAUAAAUCUAGUUAACUUAAUUUUCUAUGGUACGUGAGAUAAAUGAUUAAAGAUCAUUUAUGUGAUAAGUUGUCACCAACGAACACAACAUAGACUCGCAGUUCCAAACUUACACAGGCCAAUAUAGAAGUGCCACGCGUGAUUUAGCGCUAAUUUAAAAAUCCAAUAUGGCGUCCUGGAUAAGAAUUGAGUGGGGACCACUGGUGGGGUCUUAUUACUCCGGAGUUGAAAAUUCGCCUUGGUUUUAUUUUGUUUUUGUUUUGUUUUUAUUUUUCGUCGUCGCAAGUGUGUAGUGGCGCGAAAUAUACUACUGUUUGAAACGACUCCUCUAUGGCUCCUUUAGUGUUAUUUAUAAUCUCUAUGGUUGCUCUAUGAUACAAGCGACACUGAGCUAGAAUAAUCAACUGCAUGAACCACAUAAGCCCACACACCUCACCGCUUACCGGCCUGCAUUUCUCCAACACUAUAGAAAAUCUUUUCCUCUCAAAAUAUAGCGCGAUUGACCUUGAGAACACCCAGUACCUCAUCACCACGCCUUAUCAUUAUUAUACUGACCAGAAUGAAACAAUCAACGUUCAAAUUUUUGGAACAAAGCCUUGUGCAGUGAAUGUUACACUUAAAUCCAGAUAUAAUUCUGGGUUAGUUGCCUCAGCGAAUGGUACCUUUGAGCCAGGAGAACGGGGAAAUCUCCCAAUUUAUAUUCCAGCAAACGUUGUAACAAGUGGUAAAGAAUAUUUUAAACUUCAAGCAAAUGUUUGCGCUAAAAAUUCGGAUGAAGUUAACGUGAAAGUAACACGGAGGAGUUACGACGAUAUUGUUUUUAUACAAACUGAUAAGCCAAUUUAUAAACCGAGACAAAAAAUUCGCAUGAGAAUCAUUGUACUUGACAGGAAACUCAAACCAAAAGAAGGAAAGAUUGACAGCGUUCGUGUGAGCGUCUCCUCUUCAAGGAUUAACCAGUGGGAUAAUGUGGAACUCCAGGACGGUUUUGCAAGCCUUGAACUUCAGUUAUCCAAGGAGCCUGUUUUAGGACAGUAUGACAUCACAGUAAUUGUUGGUAAAAAAAGAGAAUCACAAAGAAUUGAAGUUUCAAAAUAUGUUUUACCAAAGUACGAAGUAAAUAUGAAACUUCCACCCUAUAUGGCUUUGGACCAGAAAGAAUUUACAACUUCAAUUUGCGCUAAGUAUACCCACGGAAAAAACGUAAAAGGAAUGUUAACUGCUCAACUGUGUUUGAGACAUUCAUCUUAUGAGUAUUGGCAGUGGAAGUUUCCCAGUUUUACAAGAUGCGAAAACAUUACAAAGGAGAUCGAUGGCUGCACAGAUAUUACAAUGUCACGAGAGGCAUUAAAUAUGGAUAAAAUAAUUAAUAUUGAUGGAUCACAAUUUGUCGUCGAUAGUCAAGUUACUGAAACCGUAACCGGGGUGACAUUAAAAAAGAAAGCUGUAACAAAAGACUUCACGAGGCGCUCAGUUAAACUAUCAUUUGAUGGAAAUUCAAAUAAUUUUAAGCCCGGUCUACCUUUCUCAUAUGUGCUUAAAGUUACACAUCCUGAUGACUCGCCCGCAACGGGGGCCAAAGUUCGCGUCACAAUUUCUCACGGCUAUCAUUAUAACUUAGAUGCUAUAUUUUAUGACAAAACAUUUGUUGUCAGAAAUGGCUUGAUUACAGAUUCCAUCCAUGACGAAACUUACGUGGCGAAAAGUUUGCAUUUCCAGGCGAGACUUUUAGGCGAAAAUUCUUAUGUAGUGUACGGUAAACACCAUCGCUACUACGCUAAUACGCAAAAGAGGUUUUUAAGCGCACCUUUGUAUUCUCCAAGCUUCAGUUACCUUGAAAUACUUAAGAAGAAGACUCCAGCUAUGAUUGGCAACGAAGCUUCAUUGACAGUACGAUACACAGCUCAUAAGGACACUGGCAAGAAAGUAGAUUUUUAUUACACUGUUAUGUGUAAGGGCAAAUUUGUGAAAAUUGGAAAAAAAACACGUCACCAUAAUUUUACCCUGGUCGAGGAAACAACUACCACAGCUAGUACAACCACUACUGCUGCAUUAACAACCAGUAAUGCCAACAACGGUGCCUUCCCGACCGUUGUAAAAGAAAUGCUCAGCGUUGGUCCUUCCUUGAGAGACGCGCCUGACCGACUUAAAAAAUUGAAUACGAGACCACUGGUUAAGAAAUUCGAUAUCGAAUUCCCAGUGACAAUGGAAAUGAUGCCUUCGUGUCGGGUUAUGGUGUAUUACGUGAGAGAAGACAAGGAAGUUGUUGCUGAUAGUGUGGAGUUUGAUGUAGAAGAUAAACUGGAAAAUCAGGUGUCGGUGAGUUUUGCGGAGAAUGAACUAAAACCGGGAGAAAAAGCGAAGCUAAUAUUGAAGGCUUCGCCCGGAUCACGUGUGGCGUACGUGGCCCUGGACAAAAGCAUUCACAUUUUGAAAUCUGGGAACAAGUUUACAAAGGAUAAGGUCCAUCCAUAUCUACGGGAGCAUCGAAGCAAAACAUGGUCUUCUAACCCAAAGUGCAACUAUUGGGAACCCUGGGGGAGAAGAAAACGUGGUAUUGCGCCGUUGUGGGAAGACUACGAAGACGUCUCUGCGGCCUUUGAUGUGGCUGGUCUUGUUUUCCUAUCAAAUCUACACAUCUUUACAAAACAAUGUACAUUGGAAUUGGGUACAGGGGGUUCGGGCUUUCCAAGCAAUGACUACCCUCCUUCACCACCAGUUGAGCGAAGUGACUACGAAGUUCCUGAACAAGCUGAGAUAAAGAAUGAAAGAAUACCAGCGAAGCAAAAGGCGGUCAAAAUUCGCAAAGAUUUCCCAGAGACAUGGUUAUGGUCGGAUGAAAAACUCGAUGAAUCAGGCAACAAGACAAUUGAAGUAACUGUGCCAGGUACAAUCACAAGUUGGGUGGCAAAUGGUUUCGCUAUUUCGUCGAAGACAGGUAUCGGAGUUUCAGAAACGUCGACACUUAGAGCUUUUCAACCGUUCUUUGUUUCAAUGACGCUACCAUACUCCGUCAUCCGAGGAGAAGAGAUUCCAGUCAUCGUAACUGUGUUUAAUUAUCGGCCAAAUUGCGCAGCGAUAAAAUUAGAAUUGAACCACAAGCAGGCCGACUACAAAGUGACAUCGUAUCAUAUCAACAAACUCUGCGUUUGUGGCAGCGAAGGAAAAUCAGUGAAGUUCACAAUCAUUCCUAUUAACCUCGGACACAUUCCUCUCACGGUCAUGGCAACUAGUACUACGUCAUUGGCGAAACUCUGUUCUAAUAACACAAUUCCAGUCUACGAUGCUGUCACACGAAAACUACUUGUCGAGGCUGAAGGUAUCCGGAAGGAGUUCACUCAGGGAACACUCUUCUGUCCGGGAAACAAGAAACACACGGAAGAGUUUAACCUCAGAGUACCUGCGAAUUACAUACCAGGAUCAAUAUACCCAACAGUGACUAUUAUAGGUGACAUCAUGGGACCAGCAAUGAUGAACCUAGAUGACCUACUGCGCAUGCCCUAUGGCUGUGGUGAACAAAAUAUGGCAAAUUUCGCACCCAAUAUCUACAUCAUGGAUUACUUGACUCAGACGAACCAAGCGACAGAAGGAAUCAAGAGUAAAGCUGAAAACUUUAUGAAAGUUGGUUAUCAAAGAGAAUUGAUUUACAAAAGAAGAAGCGGCUCGUACAGUGCGUUUGGCGAAUCUGACAGUGAAGGAAGUAUGAUGUUGACCGCGUUUGUAGUUCGAUCAUUUGCCCGGGCGAAAAGAUACAUUUUUGUUGAUGGUGCUGACGUCCAACGCAGUUUCAGAUGGUUUCGCAUCAAACAAUUGGAUAACGGAUGUUUUCCACAGUACGGAAAAGUUUUUAAUAGAAGACUACAGGGGGGCGUGAACACCGAACAUACAAUCACAGCCUAUGUGACCACGGCCCUUUUGGAAGCUGGAGAAACAACAAAUAGCACCAUGGUGUCCAAAGCUCUCAGGUGUAUCGUAAAUCGAUUUAACACGAUCACCGAUACUUAUUCAACUGCCCUUGUGACGUACGCCUUGACAUUAGCAAACCAUACUGACGCUCAGAGGAUGCUCAGAAUAUUAAAAAAUAAGGCAACCAAGGAAGAGGAUCAAAUGUACUGGACUAAUGGAAUUAAACCUGCGCAGAAUCCAAGAUUUUACCCUCAUGAAUCAUCAGCCGACGUAGAAAUGACAGCAUAUGCCUUGCUUUCAAUUUUACAUCAAACGCCAAUUGAUGAAGGCGUGGUAAAUAAUGAAAUUAUGGAUAUUAUUCGCUGGUUAUCGAGACAAAGAAACUCUCGAGGUGGAUUUUCUUCAACACAGGACACUUGUGUUGCUCUGCAAGCGGUAGCCGAGUUUGCAAAACGAGCUUAUGGGGACAGCACUGAUUUUAAUUCAAUUCAAUUAACGGGAUCUUUGAAGAUAGGUGAUCACUACAACCACAACUUCGUGGUAACAAUGGCGAAUAAACUGACAUUACAAACUGUCGAGCUUCCUCAGAAGAUCAUUCCCGGUAAAUUGGAAGUAACGGGUCAGGGCGUGGGCUGUGCUUUGGUACAGGCGUCAGUGAAGUAUAAUAUCCCUGAACCGGAACAUGUUCCAGCAUUUGAUAUUAAAGUUGAUGUUCGUACGAGAAGUUUAGCUCCUGAUGAAGAAACGACCCAAUGUAGUCCAUUAAAGCUGGAAAUAACCACAAACUUGCUCAAACAGGAUGUUUCUAACAUGGCCGUGGUGGAUAUUAAACUAGUUACUGGAUUUAGUGUGAGAGAGGAAUCUUUGGAAAAUCUAAGGAAUGAUCCGGCACUGAAGUUCAAACGUUACGACAUUGAUGGACAGAACGUACAGCUUUACUUCGAUGAGAUCAGGAAUAUUACUUUCUCCAUUGACAUCCACCAAGACACACUUGUCAAGAGACUGAGACUUGCUGUUGUUCAAGUCUAUGAUUACUAUGAACCAGAACGCCAAGCUAAAGUGAUGUACAGAAUUGGUGAGACGGAAUGCUAUGGCAACAGAGUUGGCGCUGAGUGCCCAAGAUGUGUGACUUUGGAGAUUCUGGAUGCUAUAAUUGAGUGUAACAGUACCGUGACAAGAAUGAAAUCCUCACGAGGCAUGCUCAGAGUUGUCAAAGCAUAUUCCAAGGACUCGAAGGAGAAAGGGAGGCGUAUUAUGAAAAAAGAGCUGGAGUAUCACAUUCCAGAAUUCUGUCCAUGUGAUGAGAUCUACGACAGGGAACAAUCCAUUGUGAUUGGUCGAAACAAUUACUUCCAAGAUGACGGCCGUAAGAUUACGGUUGUGCUGAAUUCUGAGACGUCAAUCUAUAGGUAUACUGGAAGGGCGAUGAUGCGUCAAAUCAAGAAACAACUUUUUGCUUGCAAGCGCACCGCUCGAAAAAGAGGAAAUUAAAGUAACCACAGGAUAUUCAUACCAAUUGUAAACGAUUAUUGUUUUGCAGCACGUACCCUUAGUAUAUCUCGCUGUAUCAAUUUGUAAUGUUUUAUUUCUAUUGUUUUCAAUGCAAAUAAAAAGCGUACUUUUCAUAACUAACAGUAGACACUUUGCAAACUGUUACAUUAUUCAUACCAUGCACUAUAAUUUAAUCUCCAUAAUUUCCACUAUACAAAUUUACCACGCAGAAUGCGAGCUGAUUACAAGCCCAUAUUCACUGAAUCGAAGCAGAAGUUAAUAUAGGCUUUUAAUCGCC